GUGACGUUCAUGGACAGACGUUUGUUUGUCGCAUCUUCAGGCGGAUAAUAGAGGAGGAUUUGCAGUCAGGAAAAGCAAACCAAACCUCACGUCUGACAGGGUCAAUCAGUUCAUUGGAAUCUGAAGAUUCGUACAUCUGAAGGGAUUUAAUUGACUGCCUCAGCUGGAAACUGGUGAGAGGCUGUUCACCUGCUCCUCCUGUGGGAAGGGAUUGAUAGAGCUGGUAAACAUGCUGACACGUCAGCGAACUCACAAUAGCGAGAGACCAUUCACCUGCUCCGUGUGUGGGAAGAAAUUCAUGUGUUCAUCCAACCUGCUGGCACACCAGCUCGAUCACAUUGAUGAGGAUCCUCUUCAAUACUCUGACUCUGAGAAAAGCUUUGAAAUCUCUGAGGAACUGGUCCAACAGCAGCGAGUUCACACUGACGAGAGACCGUUCAGCUGCUCCCACUGCGGGAAGAGGUUCAGGCUGUCCUCCCGCCUUGCGGAGCACCAGCUCCUUCACACACAUGAGAGACCGUUCAGCUGCUCUCACUGUGGGGAGUCGUUCAGUGAGUCAGUGCAUCUCACUGAGCACCAGCGAGUUCACACCAAGGACAGGCCGUUCAGCUGCUCCCAGUGUGGGAAGAGAUUCACUCAGUCCUCCCAUUACACUGAGCACCAAUUGGUUCACUCAGAAAAGAGACCUUUUAAAUGUAUUGAAUGUGAGAAGACCUUCAAAAGAAGCAUUAAUUUGCUGAGACACCAGCGCAUUCACACUGGGGAGAGGCCGUACCCCUGUUCCGUGUGUGGGAAGAGAUUCACUCAUUCAAUUCACCUUCUGACACACAAGCGUGUUCACACUGGGGAGAGGCCUUUCCUCUGCUCUGUGUGUGGGAAGACAUUUACUCGAUUUUCACACCUUUUGACACACGAGAGUAUUCACACUGGAGAGAGGCCGUUCAACUCCUCCACAUGUAGGAAGGGAUGCGUUCAGCCAGCUGACCUGCUGAAGCACCAGUGGGUGCACACUGGGGAGAGGCCAUUCACCUGCUCAGUGUGUGGAAAGGGAUUCACUCGAUCCUGCUAUCUGCUGAAGCACCAGCGAGUUCACACCGGGGAGAGGCCGUUCCUCUGUUCCAUGUGUGGGAAGAGUUUCCCUCGUUUGUCCCAUCUUGUGAUACAUGAGCGUGUUCACACCGGUGAGAGGCCGUACCUUUGCCCCGUGUGCAAGAAGAGAUUUACUUGUUUACAACACCUGCUGAGACAUCGGACUGUUCACACUGGGGAGAGGGCGUUCACCUGCCCUGUGUGUGGGAAGGGUUUCACUGAGUCAUCCAGCCUCCAGAGACACCGACGCACUCACACUGAGGACAGGCCGUUCACCUGCUCUAUUUGUGGCAAGAGAUUCGCUCAGUUGUCCUACUACACUGAACACCAACGCGUUCACUCUGAUAAGAGACCUUUUCAAUGUUCUGAAUGCAGGAAGAGCUUUAAAAGAAGCAAUGACUUGCUGAAACACCAACGCACCCACACUGGGGAGAGGCCCUUCCUUUGCUCCGAGUGUGGGAAGGGAUUCGCUCAUUCGUCCGGCCUGCUGAGGCACCAACGCACUCACAGCGGGAAGAGGCUGUUCACCUGCUCUGAGUGUGGGAAGGGAUUCAUUGAUUCAUCCCGCCUGCUGAGACACCAGCGAGUUCACACUGGGGCAAAACCGUUCACCUGCUCUGUGUGUGAGAAGCGAUUUACUCAGUCUUACAGCCUGCUGAAACAUAAGCGGCUUCACAUGUUACCGACAAAGUUAGAAUCGGUUGUUGCUGUUACGAAUCACGUCCAGGACUGAACCUUUUCUCCUUUCUAACUUUAGAUUAUUUCAGUUCUCAGACAUUCAGUUACUCUCAUGGACAAGUCCCAGCUCCCUAUACCUUCCCGAGUUUCUCUCUUAGCCUUGAGAUCCAGGGAAGGUAUCAGUAACAUGCACUGGAUCAGGAAACCCAAACUCAGCCUGUUAAUCAGUUCAGCUACUGGACUUAGUGUGGGUCCCAUAGCAUCUCUCUCACCUUCGAUGUGUGAAUAGAGCAUCACAUCUGUAAACAUAGUUUAUAUUGAAAUCCAUUCAGUAAAUAUAUUGGAGAGGAGCCUGCAGGUUGAUGAGACUCUGUUAAACUGUCAGUGUGCUCCUGUACUGCUCUGUGUUUUGCCUGUAAUGGAAAAUGCCUGAACCUUUGUCCCAGUGGAACCUUUCUGUUAUGAAAUGUGGGUGAAUAUUAACGAGCCUCACAUCCUCACUCAUGUCUGCUGCAAUUGUGUAGAAAGGGGAUGUGUAAAGAGCUGGUCUUUGUAUGGAGAUGUAAACCAAGGAAAUGGUACCUGUGUGAUAGUGACACAGCCUUGUGCUCACACUCAGAACAAUGCUUAGAUAUCCUUGUGGUUUGAACAGGGCCAGAUCACGAACGGAGUGAACAGGUUAAAUAUAAAUAUCUCCAGUGUAGCUGCAGCUUGUUAGAUCAGAGCUGGGGAGAAGGGAACUCUGAAUCCACUGUAUUAUCUCUGUUCUCUGGAUCGGGUAACUAUGUUUUUUGAAUAUAAUGGUAUUUUAUUCAAGAAAUAUAUUCACAGCUCAAAGGCUGAAUUGUAACUUACAUCAAAAAAAUUCAUAACAUUUAAAAUAUAGACUAAAUAAUCAAGUUAAAAACAUGGAAACCUGACAAUCAUGUAAUGAUAAAAAUAGAUAAAAUCAGCAGCUAACAGGGAAGUGGUGAACAUGAUAUUAAAAGAAGGAAUAUUGAAUUAAAAUUACAUACCAAUACACUAUUCCUGAAGAAAAAAUGAUGACAUUUAUAGAUACUUUAUUGAGGACUGGAAUCAUGUAAGAAAUUACUCUGUAUGAUUGCAGUGC